AUGAGACUUUCUUUCCAUCUCGGUGCCUCACAGCUCACCCUCCUCUCCCUCACCCUCCUCUGCCCCGCCCCACGGACCGUCACAUCGUACCCCCACUCCCCUACCGCCCUCCUGCCUGCCAUGGACGUACCUGACCUGGAGACCGCCCUGCUGCACCUCCAGGCUGCUCUGGACGAACCGACACACGAUUGGCUCGUCCAGCCUGACGCGUGGGCCGAGUGGCCUCAAGACCCCUGGCCGGCCCAGCUGGAGCCUGAGGAAGGAGGAGUUGAGGAGGAGGAGGAGGGGGAGGAUCUGCCAUGGGAGGAGGAAAUACUGCUGAGGGCCCAGAGAGGAGACCUGGUGGGCCAGCCGCUGUCGCCCUUCCCCCGGGGUCACUCUCUGGAGGGCGCACACUAUCAGGAGGGAGGAGAGGGGGAGGAUGGAGGGAAGAGGAAUGAAGCUCUGACCUCCUUCGCUGGAGGACUCCAAGCUGUCAGCCGGGAGAAAGGAGGAUUCGGUUUCCGCUUCGGGAGGAAAAGAUGGACUGACAGGGGAUGGAUGAAUGAAGGGAGGGGGAGCACAGAAGAGAAUAAGUGGAAGUGAUGAGGAGAGGGUCUCAACAGGGAGCGAAGAUGAUGGGAGAUAAAGAGGGUGAAACUGAAACAGGCUUCUUUCCAUGUGAGGGUGGUGAUACACUCAGCAAUUUUCUAGGCAGCAAAGAUGGCUUCCAGCAACAGGCAAUACACAGCGAUGCACAGUAUUUAAAUAAGUCACGGCAACCAAACAUUGCUGGAAAAGUUGCCCAGUGAAUCACUGCUUUGAAAAUAAGAAGCAGCACAAGGUUUAGGGCAGGUUGCACUUUAGUUUGAGGAAAUUUGAUAGAACAGGAGGAAGAAAAUAAAGAAAUAAUAUUUAAAAAAGACUUUCUCCCAGUGUUUUAAUCCUCUGAGCACAAAGAAAGCAGCAAGAG